GAGAGAGAGAGAGAGAGAGAGAGAGAGAGAGAGAGAGAGAGAGAGAGAGAGAGAGAGAGAGAGAGUUGUCGGUGUCUGUCUUCUUGCAGCGUCAUUUUUAGCUCAGACAGUCUGAAGUCUGGAGUCCAGAGCGGAACACAACCGGAGUCUGUGACCGGUUCACUGACAGUUUUUGUCGGUCUGAGGAGACAGAGUGUGAGGGAGGACAGACUGAAUAAGGACAGUGCAAAGAAGAGCAGAGUCUAUGCAGGAGUGAACGGAGGAGGGGGAGAUGGUUCCGUCAUGGACCGGAGGAUCGGGACCGGAUUCUGUCUGGUGUGUGUGGUUCUAUAUGUUACUGCAGAGGUCAGUGAGGGAGAACAUUUGAGAACUGUACAAACAGAUGGUCUCUCAUGUUCAGAAGACUUCACAGACCUGGGCUUUUACAAUGGCUCAGUGUCCCGCACAGACUCAGGUUCCCCCUGCCUGAAGUGGACCGACUUCCCAGACUACAUUGAGCAGUACCUGGGCCGAGGUCUGGGGCACCACAGCUUCUGCAGAAACCCAGACCGGGAGGCCAGACCCUGGUGCUUCUUCAGGCAGGGCUCUGGAGCCAUCAGCUGGGAAUACUGUGACUGCCUCCAGGGUGAAGCCAGAUUAGUGGGGGGGUCAUUAGGCAACAGUGGGCGUCUAGAGCUCUAUUUGAACGGCCAGUGGGGGGCAGUAUGUGAUACACACUGGACCAACCGUGAUGCCAGCGUCAUCUGCAGGCAGCUGGGACUGGGUGAGAUCGGUGCAGCUCUGAAGCAUUCAUACUUUGGACCAGCUUCUGUCUUUCACUAUGAGCGACUGGGUUGUCGUGGGAACGAGAAUUCCCUACUGGAGUGCCAAAGCAGGAAGUUUUUCAUCAAUGACUGCCACCAUGGCAAUGAGGCAGGAGUGAUAUGUGCUGAACCUGAGGGUGUAGGGAUCCCGAUGAGGCUGGUUGGAGGGGUGGAGGAGUUUGAGGGCCGUGUGGAGGUAUAUCAUGAUGGCAGGUGGGGGACGGUCUGUGAUGAUCAGUGGGAUGACGCUGACGCUGAGGUGGUCUGCAGACAGCUAGGACUCAGGGGGGUGGCCAAGGCGUGGUCAUGGGCCCACUUUGGUCCCGGAUCUGGUCCCAUUUGGCUGGAUGGGGUCGAGUGUUCAGGAAAUGAGCUCUCCCUGGAUGAGUGUCCUCGAAAUGAGUGGGGGCAGCACACCUGUCAACACCUGGAGGAUGCAGGCGUGUCCUGCAACCCACACACAGAUGGCGCAGUGCGUCUAAUAGGAGGGGGCAGUCACAUGGAGGGGCGGGUGGAGGUGUAUCAUCAGGGAGAAUGGGGCUCUGUGUGUGAUGACAACUGGACUGAACUGAAUGCUGAGGUUGUUUGCAGACAGCUGGGCUUCAGUGGUCCAGCAGUGGUCUCUCCUGACGGGUCCUACGAGGUAGGGCGAGGUCUGAUCCUGCUCGAUGAGGUUCAGUGUCAGGGGCCAGAGUCCUCUCUGGUAUCCUGUAGUCACUCAGGGUGGGGUCAACAUGACUGUUCACACAGUGAGGAUGUGGGAGUCCGCUGUUUGAGGGAGGUUCAAGAUCAAACACACCUGUCGGCCCCUAGUGAGCCCUUGUUGCGUCUGGCUGCAGGAGAGAGCAAGAAGGAAGGCCGUGUGGAGGUCUUCGUGAACGGGCAGUGGGGCAGUGUCUGUGACGACGGCUGGAAUGAUGUGAACGCUGCCGUGGUUUGCAAACAGCUGGGCUUCACGGGCGUGGCUAAAGCUCGCUCCAUGGCGUAUUUUGGAGAGGGAAGCGGCCCGAUCCACAUGGAUAAUGUUCGCUGCUCCGGUACAGAGACAUCUCUUAGUCAGUGUGCGUUUAUCAGCGAGGAUGCACAAGACUGUCGUCACAGUGAGGACGCUGGUGUCAUCUGUGACUACAGCCUGGAGCCUGUAGGAGACAUCGCCAUGGCAUUAAACACCUGUGGCCUGAGACUGAACAACCAGCGACGCAGACGCAGAAUUGUAGGAGGAGACAAAACUCUGAGAGGUGAGUGGCCAUGGCAGGUGUCAGUGUGGCUCAGGUCACAGUCUAAAGGAAGUCAUCCUCUGUGUGGGGCGUCACUCAUCUCCCCCUGCUGGGUGCUGACUGCUGCACACUGCUUCAAGAGGUUUGGUAGAGACCCAAGCCGCUACGUGCUGCGUCUUGGAGACUACCACACUGAGGAGCAGGAUGACUUUGAACGCACCCUGUCCCCUGAACGCAUCGUCAUUCACAGGAAGUACCACAGUCAGGGUUGGGAGUACGACAUCGCCCUGCUGAGGCUCAAAGGCACUGAGGGAAACUGUGUGGCGUUCAACCCACACACAGGUGCAGUGUGUCUGCCUGAGGCCGGAAACAGGUGGGAGAAAAGACCUGCUGCCUGCGUCAUCACUGGGUGGGGCAUCACAGACUCGGAGUACUCCAGGACUCUGCUGCAGGCCUGGGUUCCUCUGCUUCCAGCCUGGAGGUGUAAGAAGAGAUACGGCGAUCGUUUCACUGGACGCAUGAUGUGUGCAGGGAGCCUGUCGGAGCGUCACCGUGUGGACAGUUGUCAGGGCGACAGUGGGGGUCCUCUGGUUUGCCAGGGGGAGGGGGGCCGAUGGGUGCUGACUGGAGUGAUCUCUUGGGGUCAUGGCUGUGGAAACCCAUCUUUUCCUGGAGUAUACACACGUGUCAGCAGGUUCCUGCGAUGGAUCGACAAGGUGGUCAACAAACCCUACAAGGCCUGAGGAGAACAACACAGCGAGGGGGGUGCACUAUUUAUAAAGUGUAAGACUGAUGAUAGUAAAACUAUCAGUGAUAAAGACUUUAAUUACACUGAGGUGAUAAAUUGUGUUUGAGGACUCAGGGCUCUAACAGCGUCUGUGUAUGAAGCCUGCUGGUCAUUGCUUCUGUGCUGAGCCAAGUGAACUCUGAGCUCUUAUCAUCACUUCAUAAAGCAUGUAAAGAUAUGUUACCAUCACAGUUAACCACAAACAUACAGAAGGUGACAGCUGUGGUGUUUCUAAGGAAUAACCAGUUACAAGUUCACAGCAGAUGGUAAAAUAUAAAUGUUUCUUUUGAAACAGUAUUCCGUAUUCUAGCUGUGACUUGUAUCUGUUCGUUGCACGUCUUUAACCAACUCAGAUGCAUUAUCGCUUUACUCUCUAGAAAGAUCCUUAUACUUGAUCUGCCAACACAAAGACACUAAAAUAAUUUCCACAUUUUUUAAACCAGUUUUUAUCGAACAGGGUGAAACAAGUGCUCUUCUGAUCAAUGUUUAUCUGAAAGGAAACCCUAAUGUGAAGCAGUUUGACACAGAGUGUUUUAAGGUCUGGCUCUAAAGCAUGAGUCCUGUACUGUGAGGCCAUCAUAGAGAUCCAUCAUUCACCACAUUCCCAUGGAGGCCAUUUUUCUCUGAUGCCUUGAUGUGGAUGUGAUUCUAAAAUGUCACUUCAUGUUUCAACUUCUUUAAAACCCUGGAAAUAUUUUUUCACAGACAGUCUUUUGAUCUGAAACUGAUAUACAACAGAUAGUUAAAAUCUGAAAAUAAGAUGCCAGUAGUUCAUAACAGCUAACAUUAGCUUAAUGCCAUGUGCAUGCCUACAUAACCAAUUGCAAGAAAUUAACAUAUCUAUUCCUGUCAUAAUGUUUAACACUAUUAAAAAUUUUAUUUUAAGCUAUCUAAAGUGGGAAAUGCGUAUGUUAGCUGUUAUCUCAAAGCAAGUGAGUUUUCAAACAUGUUUUUUACAGCUGCUGAAGCAGUGAAGACAUCAAGAUUUACCAAAUUAUCUACAUCAAUAGGAUUUCCAAUCUGAAACACAGUGAUACAACCCUCCUGCCAAGUAUGAUAUCAGAGGAAAAUGUCCAGGGUAUAAGUCUCUAGAUAACAGAGCUACAUGUGUCCAACAUUUAGAAACUGAUCUGAAGAGGAACCAUGUUUGUUUUUUAAAACACUGCAAAAACCCUGUGUGCAUCAAAACGUUCAUGUAUAAGAGCAAGCAGCAGGAUCUGACUAGUACAAAACCUGAGACCUGAGACCCGUGGUCUGUAUCUGAAUCAGGAUCCACUGGGAACCAGCGCCCCUGCAACAAACGUGGCACAGGGAUGCAGUGCCACAGUGAUUUACUAAACCAGUCAUUAAAUUUUGAAUGACACACAAACACACUGCAGCCAGCUGUGAUUGAAAACCACAUAAAAGACUCACAAAACACUGACUCAAUGAUACACUGACACAGUGAUAGAGACAGUUGAACUAGUACUACUAUAAGUAAUACAGUACUGAAUAUCCACUUCAGACAGUUAAGUUUUCUGUUUGUUUAUUCAUUAUUUUUUGACAUUCCAAGUGUUCUUCUGUGAACCAGCUCAAACAUUACUCAUUAUCAUCUGAUCUUUAAUGCCAUUUAAAGUAUUUCUGCCUGCUAACAUGUAACCUUCUACAGAUCUAUAGCAAAGCAUGUUCUGACAGCUAACACACAGUUAACAAUAUCACAGCUUUAAUAAGCCGUCUACACUGAAAGCUUGUAUCAAAGACCGGAUUAAUAUCAGGCAGAACACGAGACCUUAAAGCCUCAAGGCUACAGGGCCUGCAAGAACCAGGUUUUAACCCAAGUUUAACAUAUCUGGGACUUGAUUUGUGGUCAUUUGAUGAAAUGCAUCUGUAUGUGAAGCCUUAAAUUUUAAUGUAUGUACAUUAAACAGCUCUAUAUCUGUCUGUUUCUAGCUUAGCUUCAGGGUGAGUCCUGAUCAUCACCUGAGUCUGAAGACCAGGACCUGUGUCAUAUAUGACCUUUAUUAUUUCAGCUGUUAUUGUAUUGAAAUUUAUUUGUAUUGAUGCUUGUGAUAUUGCUCAAAUGUACACAUGUAGUGUAUAAAAUAAUGUGUAUCUGUGUCUGGAUGUUCUGCAUCAGCAAUGCAAUUUUUCAUGUUCAAUGUUUUUUUUAUUUAUGUGGAAAAAAAACAUAAAUGUCCCCUUUGUUCAGCUGUAUUGGAGCAGAGUUAGUUAUUUUGGUUACAUUUUUCUAAUACAUUUAUGUAUCAACUAUCAUUUACAAUUAAUGCUAUAAACUGUUUACAUCUGAACCUACAAUGGUUCAGAAUCAUUCAGUUCUUUGUACAUUUCAAUAUCAUCAGUUCCAUCUAUCAACCCUGACUUGGAAAAAAAACAGUCACUUGUAAAUUCAUCAGGGGUGGAAAGUAGCUUAUUACAUUUACUCAAGUGACUGCAGUUGAAUUGCUUUUUGUGUACUACAAUUUAAAUUGCUGAGUAAAAUAAAGGAAAGCAAAAUUA